UGAUGGUUGUUCAGUAGCUUAAAUGUUCCCCGUCAUUUCGGUCGAUUCAAAAAUUCAUUUGGUCGAUGCACAUCAGUGAGAAAACGUGACGAACGAACGUUGGUUGUGAUAAUGAGGAGAAUAAGGAGUGUAUUGGCGGUUGCGAUUGUUCUUGUCGCUGCUUCCAAAGUCAGUGGUGAAGAUGCGCCAAAUGGAAAGGAUUCGUAUUUGAUAGCGCUACAGAACUCGCACCAGAUAAACCAUCAGAAUCAACCUAUGGGAUUGGUGCGAAUACCACGCGAAGACUACAGCAGUGCUCCAUCUUCCUCAUACGACUACAGUUUGACGCCAUCCAGUGGAUAUGGAGCACCACCAAACAGCUAUGGUCCUCCCCCAAAGGCAGUGUAUGGUCCACCAAAGCCGGUGUACGGUCCCCCUCAGCCAGUCUACGGACCACCACCUCCACAACCGAUGACCCAUGGAACCCCACACAUGAGUCCCGAAAGCUGGCUUUUCAGCAAGCUCAAAAUGAAACUAAACUGGUUCACUUUGGCCAAAAUUUUGCUGAAAAUUGUGAUAUUCAAAAAGAUUGUCAAGUUCCUCGCCCUGCUGUGCUUACUGUUCUUCAUUCCAACGCUGAAACCGGCCGAAAGCGACAGUGACCACAGUGACGAUGAAAGCCGUCGCCGAGGGUACGAUUUGGAAUAUGACUACGACACCAGGCUCAAUCAGGUGACGACGUUUGCUUUGAAGGCCUUGGAAGCUUUCACCGUCGACAACGAGCUAUAUUGUCCUCAGGAGAAUUUCCUCGGCUGCCGCGCGAAACGAAUGUUCGAUGUGAUCGACGAAGAGUAUCCACUGAAAACGAUCAUGCGAAUGUACGUUCCGCAGUCCAGCCGAAACGUAUUACGAUUGCAUUCCAGUGACGACGACUACGGCCAUAUUGCGGACAAUGGAAUCGAACACGCUGAAGACGAAGAUAGCAACCAGAGUGUCGAACGUGAUGACUAGACGGAAGCGGAGCCUCCUGCGAUCGAUCGUUUCGAAGGGGGAAAAUAUGUGCUGUCAUUACAUACUUCGAUCGUGCGGAUGCAUCCGACUCGAUUAUGAACUGCGAUAAGUAUGUGAAUAAAAAUGCGUGAAUUGAAUUUUCAAUCCAACCGACUGUGUGCCGCUUUCUCGCCCCACACUCUGGGGGUACGAGAAUUUGUAGGUUUUAUAGUGUGAAUAUUUGUGCUGCGCAAUUAUUCAUUUAAUUUAUUGAUUUAUUUAUUUUGGUUAUAAUAAAGUUAAUGAACAUAUGGAA